AUGAUGGGUAGAACAGGACUGUCUUUGUGUCUGUGGCUGUUGGUGACCACGUCUCCUGGUCGUGGAGACAGCAUGCCCGGUUUAUCGUGGGAGGUGGAAGAUAUGCUGGUGAAACUGCAGGAUGAUUUAGGAUUAAAGAGUCUAGGAAGCAAGACGCCACUUUACCGCAAAGAUAUGGCUGCUGAUUACGUCGCCUAUUGGCUUAUAGAGUUCAAUAAUGAGGGAUACGUCAUCUUAUCAUCAGGGGAGGCAACCGGUGACUACAGGCUGCUACAACAGGGUUACCUCCCCUUCCCGGUGGCCGUGUUGUCAAGACGGGCAGAAAGACGGGGAUCGUCCUGUACCAGAUUCUAUGUGUUCACAAUAGACGCUGAGCUCCUGUGUGAAGACAGCCAUGGGUCUAUAGCUGCCUCAACCAUGGAUGAACUGCUGGGCAACCCGAGUGAGCUGCAUGACGAACAGUUGGCAAGAGAGUACAGCGCAAUUUCCGAUGGACAGCGCUACCUGGCGGAGGAGUGGGACAAAAAGCGUAGAGACAUUCGGGCCAGUCCCGAGUGGAGAACACUCAGCGUAGUGCGCGCAGGACAGGAAGUACAGCAGGUUUACGAAGAACCUGUCAUGAUAGCCGAGAGCAGGCAGUUGCUGUUGGAAACGCCACCACUGUUCGCAUACGCGUCUUCGACGAAACUGCUACCUUUGAUCCCUUUGUCCUUGUGCCCCAAACUGAAGUGAAACAGAACUCUAACCUACAGCAAAAUGCAUGCAUUCUUACAAAAUUAUGUUCAAGUUCGGAUCUGACCUUAAUCAAUCCAGAAAAAAUACAAACAGACGAAAAUGGCCUUCGAUACGUUCCCGUGCGAUUCGGCAUCACGUUAAUUCCAGUGAGGUUUCAGAUUGAGGUGUACCUCUCUGACGGAUCGGUUGCUGUACGCAACUUCCGGUUGGACGUUUCCUUAACACGCGCUGCUGAUCAGCCGAUGCACAUCUACAGUGUUCCGUUAGAGGAGGAGUUCCCAGAUUAUUGGGAGCCUGCACUGAACGCUACAAUCAGCAGACAGUACCACCAAUGUCAGGUGGGCGACGGGACAGUAGCAUGGGCCAUGGUACUUGGUUAUUACGACCGCCGUUCGUCAGCGAGACCACGUGAGUUUGGUACUGCUGCUCAAGGUCUCUUCAGGUGUGGACCAUUUGGCUUCCAUGGCGAUAAGAAAUGUAAAGCUCCAAAGAAAAAUAACGCUUCUUUUGAAAAGUAUCUUGAAUCAUUGAAACGUCGACUGAACGUCAUUUGUAAGGGCGACGUUGGUGUAAUGCCGGACACAAUGAUGGCCAACAUCCAGCCAGUGUUUCAUCAUUUGAUGGAGGAGGCUUCCACCGUCGUCGUUACUUACCAGUCAGACAAGAAGUCAUACGGUCUGCUUCUAAACUACUUCCCGAGGGAUCCCGAAGAUGCCCGAAACCACGCGAUCAAGCAUUUGACCAGUAGAGACGCACUUCCGGUUGUGGUAGAUUCCCGGAUGUCAAGGUUCUGGGGCGCUGUUGGCCAGCAUUACGUGGUGGCAACCAAGCUGAGACGAAGGUUCCUGAGGUACAGGGUGUGCACGGGGCGGGGCUGUGGAGACUGGCGGACGGACUUUGAUGUCGAGUGGUACGAACAUGGCGGGUUGGAGUCCAAGGUUGGAGAUGGCUGGCAAAAGGCGAACACAUUCUUUGCCGCCGUCGCAUCCUACAAGUAAAACAUGCACUUGGGCUACUGGAUGUAUUUCCAAACGGCUACUGGAUGGCUUCUAAGAAGAGUACAUUGAUUAAUGACACGUUAUGCCAUAAAACGUUUAUCUUUGUUAUGUAACGGACAAUUCACGAUCUGAGACAGGACCUAAAGUUCGGGUGAAAUCAAAACAAAAUAUAUUGUUUUCAAACGUACUGACCAAAAUCUGUGGUGAAAUCGAGACAAAAUUUACAAACGUAUUGAACAUUUCAUAUCUUUUACAUAUUACGCCUCAGCUUAUUAUUGGUUUGCAUAUUAUUUGCUUGUUAAACAUCUGCAGCUUAAAAGUAAUUGACGGUUAUGAAGAUGAUGAUGAUGAUCGAUAUACGAUUUAGGGCCUAAACAUUCAAACCGAGUCUCUAUUAGCGGAUUUACGGCAUGUUUGAUGCAUGUGUUCGUAUUUUGAAUCUGCCAUCAUGGAAUAAACCAAUGCAUCUUUGGAUGGAA